AUGACCGUUCAGAACGAGGCUUCUGCCUUUCUUUCCUCUGAAGAGUUCGUCUUCUCUGAAGCGGUGCUUCCCCUCCUUUUAGGCGGAGGAUGUGGUGGUGUUUUCAGACGGCUCUCCAAUGGUAAGGGCAGGGUGGCGGGUCCAAUGGGGCUUCCCGUCCGCCUGGAGCCUUUCGGCCGAUUUGAGGGCUCUAGUCAGGGUUGUGUAGGGGUAGGGGUUGGUGUGGGUCUCCUAGGUGCGUCUCCGAGUUGGUCCUGGGCUCGUCUGGGAUGGAUCAAUAUUGAAGUCGAGGCGAUUGAAAUUUUGCUGCAAGACAAAUACAUCCCGUGUAGUGCUAACGGGUGCGUAAUGUCCCCAAAGAUACAACGACUAUUUGACUCGGAUGCUGUAGCACACAAACUUCAGAGUUCCAGCGAACACGAACAGAGUCGAGAACUGAGCAAGUGUUGUAUGAUGCGUGAGGCUAUCGGAAUACCGGAUGCAUUGGCGAUCCGUUGCCUUUGGCUGCUUAGGUUAGAAGCUCCCAGCAUUCGUAUCACGAAGCAAAAUGUCAGGGCUUUUACUGACAAGUGCCUCUGUUUCUCACAUUACAGCGAGGAUGUUGCUGUUGCAGAGGCCCCAGCACCAGCACCAGCUCUCGGGGAGCCUAUGGAUAUCAUGACUGCUUUGCAGUUGGUGUUGAAAAAGUCACGGGCUCACAGUGGUCUUGCUCGAGGGCUUCAUGAAGCUGCUAAGGUUAUUGAGAAGCAUGCUGCUCAGCUUUGUGUAUUGGCAGAGGACUGUGACCAGUCUGAUUAUGUCAAACUGGUGAAGUCUCUGUGUGCUGAUCACAAUGUUAGCUUGAUCACGGUGCCUAGUGCUAAAACUCUUGGCGAGUGGGUUGGGUUGUGUAAGAUUGAUUCUGAAGGGAAAGCAAGGAAAGUUGUCGGCUGCUCCUGUGUUGUUGUUAAGGAUUAUGGGGAAGAUAGUGAGGGUCUUCCUAUUGUUCAGGAAACUCUUUCGAAGUUGUUGAGGAUACUUAUAAGUUGUGGAAUGUCUGUUGCUGAUGGUUUCAUGUAUGGAGAAUGGCAGGAUAUCCCGCUUAAUCCAGACCUGCGUUUGGUUCAUGGGACUAAAACCUGCAGUAAUCCCAUCGACCAGUAUAAAAAUGUUUAA